ACCGUGGACCGUCAGGUUGCUCACCAACAUUAAAACUAUUUUUCCCGUACGUGAUUUGAACGUCCAUUUGUUUUUCAGUUUAUUCGCCACCUUGAAUCCUUUUCUCGCCUGUCGGUGACGUCAGCGAAAUUCACGUGACGUAGAGGUCUCCAAGGUAACCGGAAGCAACAAAAGCGGUACAUCAAAACUUGAUUUAACAGCGUUGCUUUUUAGCGUUUAAUAAAUCGGAUUUACUCGUUAUCAAUGGAUUCUUUUGGAUUUUCCACCGCUCAGACGUUACAAGCUCUUUCUGACUUGUUGAACCCCAAACUGGACGAGGAUGACGAUGAUGACUGUAACAAUGUUCGCUCAAGUGCUCAGCUGGGUCCAGGACACAUCGGCCCACAGUCCAGAACAGAAGCUCCAAAAGAGGAAGUAACCAAGACUUUGAAAGAUAUUUGGGGGGGAAACGAAGUUGCUGAGGACGAUGAUGACCCUCGCCCUAAACCUGAGUAUGAAAUCAUCCUGAAACAGAGUGUUGGGACAGAGGAUCUGUUCUUGGGCCUGAGCAGGAAGGAUCCUUCCUCCAUGUGCUGUGAAGCCCUGCUGAUCAAAGUCAAACUCCCGGAUACGAAGGCGUCAGAGGUGGUUUUGGACGUGAAAGAAAAGUUCCUGGACCUCCAGACGCCGAACUAUAAACUGGGCCUCCAUCUCCCACAUCCCAUCCACCAUCGGGACGGAAAAGCCCAGUUCUUCAGUGAAAGAGAGGAACUGGAGGUGACUCUGCUGAUGAACCGACCCAUGGAUGCAAUCAACCUGCCAUGAGAGAAGCUUCAUCUAGACAUCGCUACAACACACAUCACCGCUGUUUUUUUUUUAAACACAUAGGUGUUUUUGUCGUCAACAGAUGUCCAGUCUAAUAUCUUGAUUUGUUUGUUAAGAAUGUGUGUAGUCUUAGUUGCUUAAUGUGUCUGGGAACUGGAUCAGGAUAUAAAUACUUUUCUUAGCCCAGAAACACAAGACAGAAACUGCUUAGCUCAUGUCAAUGUGUUUUAAAUGUCACAUCAGCUUGUUUUUCGAAGGAACCAGUGAAGCCAGUCAGUGACUAUCUUUAGUUUGCAUUAUCCCAAACCAGUUUAAAAUACACGCACUUUAUGUUCUGACCUUCUGAACUCCUCUUACAGUGAAAAAAACCCCCAAAACAAAACAGCGUGACUCCAAAUCGUCCGUGAGUGGGAGUGUGUGUAUGCGUCUCCGCCUCUCAAUCGACUUUCCAAUGAGGCCAGAGGGAGAUGAAUUGUUGAAAUAAUUUGCGUAGAAAUCUUAGACUUUCUUUAUUGUCAUUGCACAAAACAUAUCACUGUAUUAUGGCAAAGAAAUGUCGGUCUGAGGCCUC